GCGUUCCUGCGCCGGCAGCGCCGCAGCCACGGUCAAUGUUGGCAGCAGCAGCACAGAGAUCAGUGCCAACCAGGUCUUGGCACAUGAUGCCACCUUCACAUCCAGCUGCAACUCAGUGAACUCUGGCUACUCGGGAACCAUCGUGGGCACCUGCUACUUGGGCACCAUCGUCCUGAACGCCACGGAUUGCCAUCCAUCGCCCUGCGGAACUGGAAGCACCGUGACCGUGCAACUGGCAGAGCUUCGCAGCGUCCACGCCUCUCAGGCGUGGACUGCGCACGAGGCCAGCUACUCAACGACCUGCAGUGCGGAGAAUAGCGACUUCUACGGAGACUUCCAGGUCACCUGUGCCUAUGGAGAGCUCAGCGCUGAUAUGUCGACUUGUAUUGAGAACCCAUGCCUCAACACGUCCUUCGUGGAGGUGGACGUGGGUGGUGUGCUUGCUACACGAUCCCCUCCCUCCGAGGUGGUGCAUGGCAGCACCUGGACCGCCAAGUGUGAUGAGGUGAACUGGGACUUCGCAGGUGAUGUGCAGAUGUGGCCCGGAUGAAUCACUUAGGAUUUCAGUUUCGGUUCACUAGCAAUAGCCUCCAACCUACUAGCAAUGGCUUCCAACCUAAUAGCAACGACCUCCAACCUAAUAGCAAUGGCCUCCAACCUAAUAGCAAUGGC